CAGGAAAUCGGUGAUUAGGGUUUGCUUCACCAAGUUCUUGUCGGCAACUUGAUGGCAGCCGUGGGGCCAUCCUCUCCUCUGCCUGAGGGGGAUCCCAAGCCGCCGGACCCUACUGCAGGUGUCCGUCGUCCGCCGGAGCUGUCGUCUUCUCCGGAUGGCAAGAAAGCCAAGGAAGCGCAACAUCCAAAAAAGUGGUUUAGAGGCCUAGAGUUCCAAGAGGAGAACCAAGACAUGGAUGAGGUGAUCAUUGAAGAUUUAACGGAGACGGAGGAAGAUACUGACCCUAUUCCCCAGUCGGGGACGCCACCGCCGCAAGCCAAUAAUUUCCCGGACAAUAGCCAAGCACCAAAACCAGCAUCGAGGCCGAUGGCAUGGGGAGAAGGGAGACGGAAACUGUUCAGUGAGGCUGUUCAAGAAGUCGAGUGGUAUGUGGCAGACUCGGACUCGGAAGAUGUUGAUGAGGGGAUGCGAGAAGAUGAUCGGGAUGAGGCUACCAUGGAAGAGGAUAACCCACGCUGUCCGUCUACUCCAUUUACUGCUGCUGAGUUUCGGAAGUACAGACGUGAGUGGCGCUCGGCGAUUGUGGUGAAGAUAUUGGGAAGAUCAUUCCCAUACCUGGUGGUGGCGAGAAGGCUUAACAUGUUAUGGGCAAGGAACGACAUUAUCCAGGUUACGAACAGGGGAUACGAGUACUACUAUGUGAGGUUUACGAACAAGCUAGACUACGAGCACGCAUUGAUGGGGGGGACCUUGGAUGCUAGGUGAUCAUUACAUCACGACGUGCCAGUGGAAGAAGGGCUUUAACCCUUAGAACGAACGAUAUAAAACCAACCCUUGUCUGGCUUCAAUUACCGGACCUACCAAUCAAGCUCUAUCACCCGGAAGCGGUCCUGCGCAUUGCCAGUCGAGCGGGAAGGCCAGUCAGGCUUGACCGGGCUACUGAAACGGGUGCCCAAGCGAAGUUUGCAAGGGUUUGUGUGGAGGUUGAUUUCAAGAAACCGUUACUCUCACAAUUCAAAGUGGAAGGCAUUGAGUAUGAUAUUCAAUAUGAAGGGCUGACGAAUGUUUGUUUCAGUUGAGGAAAAUAUGGUCAUUCACAAGCACGCUGCCCUAGUGUGCAUACUGAGACUCCGACCCAAGUAAACAUUGACCCUGCGC